GAGUUAUGUGGAAAUUUGAAAGAAAAAAUGGUGGAGUUCGCCUUUAAAAGUGAUCACCCAGUAUAGGAGGUGGAGCCAGUGUGACCAAAACCUGGGCUCUUGGUCAUUCUGCAGACCACAUCUGCUCUAGCAGAGCUACUACACCUUCUCAGCACAGGCUAUCGAGUCAGGGGGAUUAUUUCAGACAGGUGUUCUGCUAAAUGUGAAAGGAAGACAUGCUGCCCCAACCCUCCAUCACCUGCUCAAACAGAAGGAGAUUUGGCCGCGAGAGUCAGAAAGGAGUUGAGGGUCAGAAGUCCAGAGUGACCAUAAAGGCUGAAAAUGACUCCAAGCAACAAAGGAACAGGACAAAGAAGAACGCAGGGGCAGUAAAGACAGAAGUCUCCGUCCCCUGGACACGGUCCCUCACCAUCCACCCCGCAGAGAGCGCAUGGCGUCCGUAUCAAACAGCUCCACACCGGCGCUUCCCCAACGAGCUCGUGCGCUCGGUUAUGAAGAGCACAGUGGACGCGAGGCUCGGCAGUCUGGAGUACACCGGCAGCUGCUCUGCAAUAGCCAGAGAGCUGUCCGACAGCAUUAAAGACGCAGCCAAAAGUCUCUCAUACGAGCGAUAUAAACUCAUUUCCUACGUGGCCAUCGGGCAGCUCCGAGACUCUGACGUCACAUGCUCAAGCAGGGGGGUCUGGUGUCCAGCAGCGGACACUUUCACUGAAUACGUCUUCAAAAAUGAGCACCUUUUUGCUCUCUGUAUACUUUUUGCUGUGUACCAAGAGUAG